CGCACUGCUCUAUUUAGUACGGGUGGGGGAGCGCUCUGGCCACACUCAGCACUGCUACCUGGCGGAGCCUUCAGCCGCCCAGAUUUCUUCCCUUCCUGUGGCCUCAGAAGCCUCCUUACCCGCCUGCCACAUCGAACCCUGACUCUCGGGGGCCUCAUGGCUGCCACCUGUGAGAUCAGCAACGUUUUUAGUAACUACUUCAACGCCAUGUACAGUUCGGAAGACCCCACCCUGGCUCCCGCUCCUCCAGCGACUACCUUUGGCAGCGAUGACUUGGUCUUGACUAUGAACAACCCCCAGAUGUCGCUGGAAGGUCCAGAGAAGGCAAGCUGGUCAGGCGAGCAGCCCCAGUUCUGGUCCAAGACCCAGGUUUUGGACUGGAUCAGUUACCAAGUGGAGAAAAACAAAUACGACGCCAGUUCCAUUGACUUCUCGAGAUGUGAUAUGGACGGCGCCACCCUCUGCAACUGUGCCCUUGAGGAGCUAAGACUGGUCUUUGGGUCUCUGGGGGACCAACUCUAUGCCCAGCUUCGAGACCUCAGUAAGUCUAGGCCAGGGGAGCCACGGGGCCUCCAGAGUGAACAGGGAGGACCGGCCUUGGGAAGGACUUGGAGCUCCUCUGUCCUGCGAGAGAUGGAGAGUGACCCCUCCCUGCCUCCACCAGCCUCCAGCUCUUCUGACGAACUCAGCUGGAUCAUCGAACUGCUGGAGAAGGAUGGCAUGGCCUUCCAGGAGGGCCUGGGAGACUCAGGCCCCUUUGAUCAGGGAAGCCCUUUUGCCCAGGAGCUGUUGGAUGAUGGCCGCCAGGCCAGCCCCUACUACAGCAGUACCUAUGGCCCUGGAGCACCGUCCCCUGGUAGCUCUGACGUCUCUACUGCAGGGACCACUACUCCCCAGAGCUCCCACUCCUCUGACUCCGGUGGAAGUGACUUGGACCUGGAUCUCACUGAUAGCAAGGUCUUCCCUACAGAUGGCUUUCCUGACUAUAAGAAGGGGGAACCCAAGCACGGGAAGAGGAAACGUGGGCGUCCCCGAAAGCUGAGCAAAGAGUACUGGGACUGCCUGGAGGGCAAGAAGAGCAAGCACGCCCCCAGAGGAACUCAUCUGUGGGAGUUCAUUCGAGACAUCCUCAUCCACCCUGAACUCAACGAAGGCCUCAUGAAGUGGGAGAAUCGGCAUGAGGGUGUGUUCAAGUUCCUUCGCUCAGAGGCCGUGGCCCAGCUAUGGGGCCAAAAGAAAAAGAACAGCAACAUGACCUAUGAGAAGCUGAGCCGGGCCAUGAGGUACUACUACAAACGGGAGAUACUGGAACGGGUGGACGGCCGUCGGCUCGUCUACAAGUUCGGCAAGAACUCCAGUGGCUGGAAAGAGGAAGAGAUCAUAGAGAGUCGGAAUUAAGGGUCUGGACUGCACCCAGGACCUGGCUCAGACACAAACUUGAACUGAAGCCUUCUUGGAAGGACAGGCAGGCUGGAAGGCCCCCUUCAUGUGGAUGUGUUCCCUGUGUUGCUGUAGAGAGGAGGAACCCGUCCGUCGGCUGUGUCGUAUCAUGAAGUGCAGCCUGUGUGGCCUCUCCUUGCCCUCCUUUUGGAAUUACAAGCCCCAGGGUUUGAAGCGACUUGUUCGCUGACUCUACAGCUGUGAAUCCAGCUCCUUCCAGCCCCAGCACUGACUGCCAAAGAGACCCACCUGCAGAUGCCUGGGCUCAGCUGAGGAGGCUGGGGAGACAUGGGAGGAGGAGGAGGGUGUAGGGACAGAAGAGGCAGGGUUGUCUUCUCCAGCACUUCGUCCUGGACUGACUUCCUUCUCUCGGCCCGGUACUCAGGCUCCCACAGGCGGGGGUUAGAGCAUCCCUAAUUUAUGUGCUAUAAAUAUUCCAGUUGUACAUAGAGAGCUAUUUUUUCUAAAGCAUCCCCCUCCCUGCUCUUCUCCCACUCUGAGUUCUGGGGCUCCUAACUGGACCAGCAAGAAGUGGGGUGAUGCCAGACCCCUCAAGAUGGGGUUCCUGGAGGCUUAGGCCUCCAAUAAAGCGCCUUCUAAGCUUUUUCUAA